AUGGGAGCUGAUGGCCUAAAUCAGCAGGCAAUCUGUGUUAGAUGUAAAAAUUCGGUGAAAACAGGUUCGAAAUGCAUAAAAUGUGGAAGACUGUCACAUAAUUGCUGUCUAAAAUUGAUGAAAAAUGUGAUAUUCAAUGAAGAUGAGACGGUUAUUUGUUGCUCGGAUAUAGAAGUUGAAGGUGUAACACCAGCUAAAGAAAAUACGUCUGUCCGUGAAAUUUUAUCAGAUGAUAUGACCAUUUCCUCUGAUAAAAUUACCAUAAAAUACCUAGAAGAACUUAUUAAGCAAAAAGACUUGAUCAUAAAAAAUCAAGACAUAGCUAUAAAUGCGCUUCAAGAGCAGAUAAAGCUUUUAAAUUUCAUGAAGCCGGAGCAGGAUGCAGGAAAAACUGAAAAGCAUGCGCUACCCAUAGAUAAUAGAUCUCAAUCUACCGUCACGGCUACUAGCAGUAAAGUCAGCAAACACAAACAGCCGAUAUCUAAGCAGCAAGUAUCCACAGCUAUGCUGAGUGUAGAAUCUGAACGAAUUUGUCAACAUAUUGUCGGUCUUGGUAGUGCUGGUGCUGAUCCUAAGCUGGCUCAAAAAAGAAGUGGAAGAAAUAUAUUGACUGGUUCUGGUCUAGAUUUUGCUAAUAACAAUUUGAAUAAAUGGAGUCCAUUAAAUAUUAACCCAGUUUCCAGCAAUUAA